AUCGAUGUCGGAUUAAACAUUGUUUCUGAUGUAAAAUUUCACGCUCUUUCGAUUGGUGCAUGUUAUUUUGUCGUACGUUCAGCCUCAAAGUUCUACCAGUUCUCAAAAGUCGAGUACUAAUAUGUUUAAGCUGAAACAAUCAUCAGAAUAUUCAAAAAUCUUAAAAGCCAGGCAAGAAGAGAAGGAAUUACAAAAGAGAAAAUUACAGGGUCAAAGUGAUAAACGAAAAACCAAAUCAGUGAAACUGAGUGAUCACCAGACUGCGUCUUCUCAAUUUUAAGGUAACUUGAAUGAUUCUUUUCCAGCAGAAGACCAUCAAGGAAAAGAAACUCAUGAUGUCACUGAUGAACCAAUUUUGGAACAGAAGGAUUUGAAUCAAGAAAAAAACGAAACGGCCAUGAUAUUGAGUCGCCAGCCUUCUUCUUUUGCUCAAGUUGAAAACGAAACUAAUUCCUUCUCAGGAGGAGAGCAUGAAAAAGAUAAAAUACGUUUUGAAGAUAUAAAUACCCUAUUAGGAAGCGUUGAAAAGAAGGUUGAGCCCCAUGAACCUUUUUUAGAUGAAAAAGAAAGUCAUGAAAAUGUAGGUACUAACGAGGAUGAUGAAAAGCAUGAAUUGACUGGUGAAUCAAGCACUUUAGUAAAGAAGGAUAAUCAUCCAGAAAGUGGUGGACGCAAACCGAGAAUUAUCGACAAUCGUUGCCUUGACUCACUCAAACAAAAUAACUUAUUGAAAAAAAAAGAAAAACAGAUUUCUGAAUUAAAACAGGAACUUGGAAAUGUAAAUCGUAAGUAUCGGAAUUUAAAAAAUGACUACAAAGAAGUUAAACAGGAAAACAAAGAGUUGAGAGAUAGAAACCUUAAACUACAAGAUAACAUUAGUCAUGAUAUUAUGAAGCUUGGAGUAUUGGUGGACCAACAGAAUAAAAUUUGUGCUUCCAGCAGUAAUAUUGUUGACCCAAAACUUAAAAGUGUACCCAUUGGAUUUAUUGAACAGGAUGGUAGUGUUCAUAUGGGUCAAAAUAAAUAUUUGCCCGCCAGUAUUAAUGAUACUGUCGUAUCAUCAUUGAGUCCUGCAACUUUCGUAGGAAACCUCCUAGUUGCAGUAUUUGGGCCCACUACUUUAAUGAAAAGUAGUCUCACAGGUAGAGUCAGCAACAGAAGAAUUGGCAAAAUAAAGAAAAAUAAAGAACAAGAUAAAGAAAAUAAAAAUGAGCACGGCGAAAAUGACUUGCCCCAAGCUGAAAAAUUAGAAAAGUUGGAUCCUAAACAACUGCUGGCUUGUCAAGAUUAUUUUGGCUAUUGGUUAGAAAUAUAUUAUGAACCAAAAUUGACCAAAGCCCAAAUGAAGAAAUAUGAUAGAACCAUAGAAAUAGCCUGUUUUCGCGAAUAUGCAACAAAGAAAAUAGCAUACAUGAAAAAGCCAAAAAGGGCAAAGAUAAAUAAGAAAAACUUAAGGAAGUCUGAAGAUUUUGAAGAACAGGAACCAACGAAUAACGAAACCGGCGGAACCGCGACCCAUUACAACUGAAUUCUGACAUUGAAACAGAAUUAAACUUAGAAAAUAUAUUUGAUGAGUCUUGGUUGGAAUCUUCAAGUGAUGAUGAGGAUUAGAAUAAUUAGUAACAUCUGAUUAUUCUAAUAAUCUUUAUUCUUUAUUUAUUAAGUCGUUUGAAUUUAGAAAUGUUAAUAAUUUAUUCACUAUAGUGUACAUCAUUAUUUAUAUAAUUUAUAUAUGCUAUUGAGUUACCCUUAACUUAUUUAUUGAAGUAUUUAUUGAAAAACA